GGCUCCCCUUCGCGCGUCUACCCACUCGCGGGCCGCCGGGGCAGAGCUGCAGUGGGCGGGGUGCCGGUUCCUUCCGCGCAGGGGAAGUGGGCAGAACUGAUGCGCAGAGCUCGGGCGGGUGAUUUCGCGGGUUUCUGGCUUUUCCAGAUCCUUGUUUGUUUUCUGGGGGCCGAGCUCCUCUGAGGGCUGGGGAUUUGUGACGUCCCACGCACGUCAUCGCGAAGCCCUGUCAGAGGGUCCUGUUUCCUAGCUACGGUGCCCCUCCCUGCAGGGGGCUUGUAGCCGACGGGCGGGCCAGCUGCGCCAGGUGUCCGCGUCCCACCGAGGAGCCAGAAGCUUAAGGGAAAAUGGUACAUGUUAGAAGACAUGAAACAAGGAAAAAUUCUAAAACUCAAGAGCGUGAACAGAAAUCUCGAGUCGAUUGGAGGCGGACUAAAAGAAAUAGCCUCUCACAAUUAUGUGACAGUGAUGACGAGCUUGAGAGCGACGACGAGCUUGAGAGUGAUGAAAGUGCUGACACUGACCAAGAACCUGAUAGUAACAAGGGGCUUGAUAGUAAUAAGAAGCCAGAAAAUGAAAGAGAGCUUAAAUUAAUUAAAGUCGAAAGUGAAGGAAAGGACAGUAAGCACCUCAUUAACGCUGGCAACAGUGCAACCUAUGAAGAAGAAAAGAACCAAACCAAACAUGAAAGUAUUGACUUACCAGAUAAUGAAAAGCAUUCAGGUCAAGGGGAGGGUAAUCUCAACAAACACACUGGACAAAAAACAGAGGAGGACUUAGAAGAAGAACACAUCAAGCGAGGGAAGAGAAAAAGGCUCUCCUCUGUGAUGUAUGACAGUGAUGAGAGUGACGACAGUGAUAUCCUAGUUAGAAAAGUGGGCGUUAAGCGUCCGCGUAGAGUGGUUGAAGAUGAAUGUUCUUCAGUGGAGAUGGAGCAAAAAGAACCUGAGAAAACUUCAGUGGCAAGAAAGCGAGAACAGCUCCAGAAACUGAAAGAACUCUCAAAACAGAGAUCUCGUCAGAGACGCAAUAGUAGUAGAGAUUUUGAGGACUCUGAAAAGGAAUCCUGCCCCAGCAGUGAUGAAAAUGAUGAUGGUGACGAUGAGGAGGAGGAGGAGGAGGAGGAAGAGCAUGAUUAUGAAUAUGAUGUAGAUGGAGAUGAUUAUAUUAUUGAUGACUUUGUAGUGCAAGAUGAGGAGGAUGAUGAAGAGAGUAAAAGCCAACAAGGAGAAAAAUUGACUACAUCACAACUGAAAUUAGUAAAACAGAAUUCUCUUUAUUCUUUUAGUGACCACUAUACUCACUUUGAAAGAGUUGUGAAGGCUCUUCUGAUCAAUGCUCUAGAUGAAUCUUUUCUGGGAUCAUUAUAUGAUGGCACCAGGCAAAAAUCAUAUGCACAAGAUAUGUUGACAUCUCUUCAUUAUUUGGAUAACCGCUUUGUUCAGCCUCGUCUAGAGAGUUUAGUCUCUAGAAGUCGUUGGAAAGAGCAAUAUAAGGAGCGAGUAGAAAAUUAUUCUAAUGUAAGUAUCCAUCUGAAGAAUCCUGAGGACUGUUCCUGCCAGGCUUGUGGAUUGCAUCGCCAUUGUAGAUAUUCAGUGCAUUUAUCUGGAAAGUUAUAUAACACGAGAACUAUGGAAACAGAUGAUUUCAUGUCACAUGAUAAACAGGUGUUUACUGUUGGCAGAAUUUGUGCUGAUCGUACCAGAAUUUACCAUAAACUGAAACAUUUUAAAUUCAAGCUGUACCAGGAAUGUUGCUCCAUUGCAAAGAAAGAAGAGAUUGAGGAUGAACAGGUUAAAGAAACGGUGGAGAGAAUUUUCAACCAGUCCAAAGAAAGUGGCUGGAUUGAGAAGGUAAGAAAUAUGGUCAACUUCAAGAAUAUCUCAAUUUUGCGGAUUACUUUCAAGAUGAGAAGUUUGACUGAAUUGUAACACAUUUCCUUCAGAGAAGAUUUUAUAAAUUCCUGUAAAUGUGAAGAUCAUGAGUCCUGUUUCUCUGUAUCAUGUGACAUAUUUAUGUAUUUUAUGUAUAGCUUCAUGGCAAAAUAUCUUGUGUAAAACAUAAAUUCAUCUUAAUUUCCAUGCAACAGCACUCUACAGUCUAAUAAAACUUUUAUACACUGUACAUAGAAAACAUAAGCUUAAUAAUUUUUAAGUAAGUGUAUUUUAAAGUUAUGUAAUAAUGCCUUUAUAACAGAUGACUAUCAAAUGAAUGAGCUGUUCAUGCCCUGUCAGUUUAAUAGAAAAACGCUGUAUUUAAAAAACGUAUUUAGACUAACAGCUAUGUGUAUUUAUCGCUGAAUUCCUGCCCAGAUCUGUUUAUUACCCUUUUGCAGUAUUACAUGAUCUUCACUAAUGUAUUUUUUACUACUAUCAUUAUCUAAAUCAGUGGGACAUGGAAGAAACCUCAGUGUUUCAUUCAGUUCAGUUCCCUUGCCUCAGAAUCAGACCGUAGUUUACCCAUAUCAAGUAGAGGAGUGCUUUUUUCCUGUUUCCAAAGUUUCCCUUAUGAAUAGACUUCAGGCCUCCAGAGUCUUCCAACCCUCACAUUCAGGAAUAAUUUCAUGAUCUGUAUUUUCAUGCCUCAUAAUGUUCUUUCUUUUUCCUAUCCAAUUUUGUCUACAGGUUAAUGAUUAAGAUGUAUUUUAUUUAUUUUUAUCCAUUACUUUUCUCAUAUCAGGAUUUAUGUUAGGAUCAGAAGAUCUCAAAUUCUCAAAUUUGUCCGAGAGACAAAUUCAGCAAAAAUAGUUGAAAAGCAUAUUUUGCCAUCUGCAUUGCUUUGCACAUCUAAAUUUUCCCUUAAUAUAAUAAAGUAAAAUGGUUUCAGAGUGAACAAAUGGACCCUAUCUAUUCUGUAUCUUUAGUUCUCAAAAGUGGUGUUCUAGUAGGAUCUAGUUCGCUGUGGAAUUUUAGAUAUUUAUUUCUCACUUCAAAUGUUGGUUGAACCUAGUUUCAUCUAUUAUGCGAUUCAUGGAAUGGUCUUCAUUAUA